ACACUGUGCAUAUUUUUUUGUUCCUGCUAGCCGGAUCUCAAAGCUAGAGAUAAGUCUAGUAGUUAGUUGUGGAAUUACUUACUCAGAACAACUCAGCUGGCUACACUACAUAGAAUGCGACGCUUUGUAUAAUGUGAGACGUAUUACCCGAGUGCGUACGUUUCACAUCUCGAAUCCUCUUGGGGUAUUUUGGAAAUCCUAGCCUCGCAUUUUCUGUGAAACUCGAGGAUGGCUUGGACUCAAGCUCAAAACCAAUUGCCUGGACAGCAAGCGUACUCCUGGGCAACUCCCGUGGCAGCAACAAGUAACGCAGUUGCUUCAGCUGCCCCGAUUGGCGGGGUACAAGUAGCGAGCCAGGCUACUUCUGGUACGCCUGCAGUGGCUGCGAAUCCUGCUGCUGGUGCCGUUGGUGUAGAUCCUACCGGUGCUGCAGCAUAUCUCCAACAGCAGCAGCAACAGCAGCAAUGGGCUCAACAGAUGGCGCAACAGUAUCCAGGCUGGCAAUGGGGACCUACUGGGUGGGUGCAAGUAUCCCAAGCAAGCGGUACCACUGCCGCCGCUGCGACCACUGAGUCUUCAAUGACUUCUUCUGUGGCCAGCUCGACCGCUGUCACAACCACUACGGCUUCAGGAGCAGUGAAAAGUGCCACAGCCUCCCAGCCAACUAUUGCAGCUGCGCCUGUUUUAGUGCCGAACCAAACAGGUAGCAGUGCAGCACCAGCGGUGGCCAGUGCUUGGACGCAGGAUCAAGUGCAGAAGUGGCAGCAGCAGCAGCAGCAAGCUGCUUCUGCCUCAGCCACGGCCACAUCUGGAGCUGGAGCUGCAGACUUAGCCAAGCAAUGGGCUGUUUACCAGCAACAGCAGCAGCAAUAUUUGCAACAAGUACAGCAGCAGCAGGCACAGACAACUCAGCAGCAGCAACAACAGACGCCCGCGCCGAGUAGUGCAGCAGUGCAAGGAGCACAGCAGCCGACAGCAGCAAGCCAGUCCCAGGCAGGAGUGGCAUCAUCGUCAAGUGCGGCGACUACUACACAGGCGUCCUCUGCCGCACAGCCCGGUCAAACAGCUGAGCAGCUUCAAGCACAGCAGAAUAUGGUUGCAUGGCAACAGUACUAUCAGCAGCAGAUGCAGUACCAGAUGAUGCAACAGCAACAACAGCAGCAGCAGCAACAAACUGCAUCUCAAGCUCCUACUGGUGCUACUGCUGCUGCUCAGUCACCUGCUGUUGCUCAGGCAGUGAAUCAAGCCACUGCACAGCAGCCCGCUACUGCCCCUGGAUUAUCGCAGCAGCAACUGCAUCAGCAGCCAGCACAGCAACAGCCAGCACAGCAACAGCCAGCACAGCAACAGCCAGCACAGCAACAGCCAGCACAACAACAGGUAGCGCAACACCAACAGCCCGGUGCUCAAGCGUGGCAACAGUAUCAAGCCGGCGCUACAGGUGCUGCUCCUCCAGCAAUGCCUGGUGUUCAGGUUGCUGGCCAAUGGCCACCUGCUGGUGUUGCUGCCAGCCAACAAGGAGUCGUUCCUAUGCCCCAAGGCCAGCAAGCACAUGCACAGAUGCCUGUGGUGCCAGCACAACAGCCCGGCUAUCCCGCUGCUGGACAGCAGUUGCCACCUGGAGCAGUCCAGCCGACACAGCAGCCUGCAAUGCAGCAACAGCAGCAACAACAACAGCAGCAGUCCGGACAGCCAGCACAGCAGCAGCAGCCCGGACAACCUGGGCAACAGCAGCCUGGGCAACCAGGACAGCAGCAACAGCAGCAACCACCUUCGCAGCAUGCUGGUGGUCAGCCUCCUGCACAAUGGGGCAGUAUGCCUGGUCAGCCUGCAACUGGUCCUGGAGCAACGCCUUGGCGACCUCAGCCACCUCAAGCUGGUAUGCCGGCGGGGCCAGCGGGUCCUUUUGGUGCAAGCAACACAACACCCUGGUCUAAUACCACACAGCAGCAGCAGCAACAGCAGCAGCAAGGUGGUGCACCAAUGCAGCCUAACCGACCGCCACUUCAGCGGCCAGCAGCAGGGGGAACCACUGGAAUUCCACCGCUUUUGCCGCCGCAGCAACAGCAACAGCCACCUCAUCAACAACAGCCAUUUCCUCCGCCGCGUGGUCCACAACCUGGUCAACAGCGUCCUAUGCUGCGGCCCCCACACGAAGCUGGUCAGCAGCAACCUGUACCUGGAACAGACCAACAUCCUGGUAUUCGGCCAGGACCAGCUCUUGCUAAUACUGGCCAAGCACCUCCAGUUGGCAAUCAGCAGCCACCAACUGGACCUGGAGGCCAGCUUCCUCGUCCUCUUGGUAUGAGUCCUGUUGGCCCGGGUCAGCAGCAGCAGCGUCCACAGCGUCCAACUGCACCUACUGCAGGUGGUCCUCAGCAAGGAGGCUUGCCACCACGACCUGAAGGUCCACCAGGUGCCCGGCCUUGGUCUCAAGGACCUCACUGGCAGUCGCCACAGGGGUCUGGACCAAGGCAUGCCGGUCCACCAGCAAGAGGGCCCAGGCCACAAUCCUCACCCGGAGCCCAGAAUCAGCGGCCACAGCACCAGCAGCAAGGGCACCUUCAACAGCAGCAGCAGCAGCCCGGACAAUUUCCUCCUCGCGCAGGACCAGGGACACCCAAUCGCUGGCAAGCACCUGAGGAAGGGCAUGGUGACAAGGCAGCAAAAGUCGGUCGGAAAAAUCGCUGGGAAGAUGUAGCAGGCACAUCACCCCAGGCAAAUGUGAAGCCACUAAUUGGUGGCCAGAAUUCAGGCCCGCCAACUGGCCCGGGGAUGAACCCAUUCAAUAACAACUCCAAUCAACAGCAGCAGCACCACCAACAGCAGCAGCAGCACCAACAACAAUCUCCACGUCCUGGACUGCUGGGUGCAAGGCCUCCUAUUCGCGGUCAGCAGCAACAAGAAGGUGGACGCCCGCCUCGUCCUCAGCACCCCAAUGCCCAGCAGCAGCGCGGCCCACACCCACGCCCUGGAUUAGCUGGAGAGAGGCCUCCGUUUGCUAACCGAGCCCCUCAUCCACCACGUCCGGGUACCGUCGAGCGCCCACCAUUUGGUCAACGGCCUCCAGCUGGACCGCACCGUCCACAGGGUGGUGAACAGCACCAAGCCGAGCCAAGGCCACCUAUGCAUGGACGUCUUCCGUUCAGCCAGUCAAGACCACGAUUUGAGCAUGGGGGUCCCCGCUUUGACAAUCGCCCGCCAUUCGAGGGGCCGCCACGUCACCAGCAGCCACAGCAGCGUGCCCAUGCACCAGCUCACGGCGAGAGGCCAAUGUUGCCGCACGGACCACAUCGCCCACCUCGCCCCUUCGGCAUUGGCCAUGCACCCACCGAUGAUCGCAAUAGUAACCAUGCUGCUGGCAGUGGUCCUGGUGGCCGCAUCUUUGACAUGGGCUCUGGACUCAGAGGUGCCCCACCAAGAGAAGCUAGGAACAGUGACAGGCCACCACCCCAUGUUCAACAUCAUCAGCAACACCCCCCACCUGACAAAGCCAACGGGAGGCAUGUGCAGGAAUCACCCAGGAAGGCGAAUCAAACCGCAUCUGAGAACGCUAAAGGUGAAGGGCAGCCUGGCACCACUGGUAAUGAAGAUAAGGCAGAUGAUUGGGAAAGUGCCAUUCCGUUUCGAGCGGAGCCGAUGUGCGAGGAGGAGAAGGCAAGUACCACGGAUGUGGCAGAUAGCAUAUUGAAGGAAUCUUCUAAUGCCGGCAAGGAAACCCAGGAUCCCAGCAAAGAUACUGUUGUGCCUGAUGUUGAGAAGUUGUUUGACGCUGAGGCUGAUUCCAGUGAUAUUGCCAAGGACCAGACAAAGACUGACCUGCCGACUGGCAACACUGAGGAUGCUCCACCUGGUAAUCGCGCUGCUAGUGCCACCACUGGUCCUUCUGCUGCAGGCCCUGAUUCAACUACCGCCCGUAGCUCUCCACACUCGGACCGUGUGCGUGAGGAUGGCUUCCGUGAUCAUCCACCGGUGCAUCCUCACAUGAACAGCCCUAAACGCCCACCUACAAUGGGCCCUGAUUCGCCAAGGCGUGGGCGGCGGGAUGACAACCGGUUUCCACCGGCUGAUGGUGAAGCUCCGUUUGGCCAAGAUCGCCGUAUGUUUGAUCGCCAACACCCACCGUUUGAUGAAGGUCGUCCUCCAGUGGAGCACGAACAGCCAAUGUUUGAACACGAUCGACCACCACUAGAGCACGAUCGGAGACCAUUCGAUCAUGGAUCACCUGGUCGGGAUCGAGGACCACCAUUCGGCCAUGCAGAAGCCCCAUUCCAGGCUGAUAGACCGCCUAUGGUGCGUGAAGGGCACUUUGACAGAGGUCUUCCCUUUGAUGAGGAGCGACCUCCAUUCAAUCGCAACGCGCCGCCAUUUGGUCAUGAUGCGCCACCAGGAUUCGAGCAUGAUCAGCAGCAACGUCCGCCGUUUAAUCAAGAUUGGCCGCCAGCAGAUCGCCCACGCUCGCCACUUCAUGAGCAUGGCCACCGUCACCACCACCCCCACCACCACCCCCCAGGUGGAACACUGUUUGAUCAUGGCGAUCCAGCAUUCCGCCCUGAACUGGGUCACCUCCCACCACCACCGCCACCAGGCGGUGCACCUAUGGAACAUGGUUCUCCACAUCCCGAUCCAAUGUUUCAUCUUGACCAUCACCGGCCUGAUCAUUUCCACCCCGGUGGUCCACCACAGCUAGAUGUAGGUCCUGGUAUUCCUGACGACUUCUUUGACCGAGUUGACAGACCUGCACAGCCACGUCCGCCGUUUGAUGACGCUCCACCAAUGGAUCGCCAUGGAGGACGGCACCAGCCAGAGGAUCGUCAUGGCUCCCGCGGACACCACCGUGGAGAACCCCGACACCGACCUGAUGACCAUCACAGACAUCGCGGCUCGCCACAGCGUGAGCGACGGGAUCGCUACCACGCCUAAGUUUACGUCACAGCGGUGCAACCGGAAUGGUCUGAAUAUCAAGCACUCCUACCCGCAAUCGUUGCGUCUGGCAAUGUACAACACGAUGCCGCUCAUGGAUGUAUCUUGGCUCUAUGUUUAUCGUUCUGCUACCAGGGUAUCCACAACAGCAUAUCUACUCUUCGUGCUGCGGCUACCAGCCCUGCGGGUUUGGCAACGGUCAAGAUUUUCAGGUUAGGUCUUUGCUUUCUAUUUUUGUGUGUUGUGUGCAGCCUGUGUGCCCUGUCCACUUUUUGUAUUCUCUUUUUGUUUCUAAGCGUAUCGCGACUUUUACCUGGUAUUCGGUGUCACAUCGGAUUUCCAUCAUGGUUUUUUCUCCACUUGGUUAGGUGUAUUCGAAUACUGUACACUCUGUAAAUACUAUAAAGCCGCAUUGGCUAUUCCUGAUUAAAUUUGUAUUGGGUUUCUAUAA